AUGCUGUCUUCACAGGGCAUCGCAGUACUCCUCCUCUGUACUGUCGGCCAGGCCAUCCCACGACAUGACAUGAGGAACCCACUAGAUGAGGUCCAGAGGGAACUCGCAAUCCAACCAAGACACUUUGAACCUGUCAGUGAUAAUGUCGGAAUACCGAUCACAUCAUCAACAAACUACAGAACAAUGCCUCCUGGCACUUACACCGAGAGCAUUUCGUCAGGCCUAGUCAGGAUCAUCGUGGUCAACCCCACGCCCACGACAACGAAUGUGAUUUGUCCGGUAGAUUGUGACUGCUCGGGAAUAAAAGACAAGCAAAGUCCCGAGUAA